AUGGGCUGGACACUGCCCUCCCUAACGUCCACACCCAGCGUCCCCGUCCCCAAUCCGCAUCCCUCCGCAUCCUCCGAAAUCGACUCCAUAAUCUCCGUAAUAAAGGGCUUCGUGUCAGCCCUAAACGCGAAGAACAGCACCGAGUUCGAAAAGUACUGCGUCCGCGCCGGCGGAAUGUCCCUCGGCCCCCCGGCGCCCACAACACCGCGCUUCUGCACGAUCGGCGCCUUCGUCGAGCACAUUGCCAAGCUGGACGACGAGAUCGAGGAGCGGAUCUGGGACCCCGAGGUCAAGGUCUAUGGGGAUGGGAAUCUGGCGGCGGUUUGGGCGCCGUUUCGCGCGAAGGUCAAUGGUGUCGUGAACCAUGUUGGGGUUGAGCUUUUUGUUCUCCAUAAGCUUAAUGGGAGAUGGAAGGUUACUGGGUUGGCGGAUUCGUGUAGAAGGCCGACGGAGGAGGAGAAGAUCUUGUUGUUUUAG